AUGCUCGAAGAAUAUUACCCCUGUCCGAUAAAGACCUCUUACGGUGCUGGAACGACCCAGGCUAUUGCGCCCCGCCAGUUGGCGACCCCUGAUCUAGAUAGAAUCUAUCCAGCAGGGUCAGUGACUGGCACCAGAUGUGUGGCGCAUCUGCCGCUCCCCCCUCCCCCUUCACGCUCCGCUGACUCCGACGUCUUGCGAUCUUGCCACGGCCGGUGGCGGGUGCGACGCGACAUGUGCGCCCCAUUCGCCCCCCAAGAGGAAUGGAAGCGGAUGACGUCACCUACG